GACCUUGCCCUCCCUCCCAAGGCUGGGCGCCAGGGAAGCAACAAGCUGGAGUCUGGAGAUAGAAUCAAGCAUAAUGAGAUAGCAGACCGCUGGACAUCAACAAAUACACAGCAUUGCGCGGAGCGUGUUUUUCUGGGGGGAAGAGAUGUCUCGCUUGUACAAGGACGACCAGGAUGACUGGAUCACAGUCUGUCUGAAGUACCUGCUGUUUGUGUUCAACUUCCUCUUCUGGCUGGGCGGAGCCGCGGUGAUGGCGGUGGGCAUCUGGACGCUGAUCGACAAGAGCGACUACCUGAGCCUGCUGGCGUCCAGCACCUUCGCCGUGUCGGCCUACAUCCUCAUCCUCGCCGGCGGCCUGGUCAUGGUCACGGGCUUCCUGGGCUGCUGCGCCGUCAUCCGCGAGCAGAGGAGCUGCCUGUCUGCGUACUUCUCCUGCCUCCUGCUGAUCUUUCUGAUUGAGCUUGUGGCGGGAGUCCUGGCUUAUGUCUACUACCAAAGGCUGAGCGACGAGCUGAAGCAGCAUCUCAACCAGACCAUGACGGCGAACUACGCGCAGCCGGGGAAGCACUCCAUCACAAAGGCCGUGGACAGGCUGCAACAGGAUUUUAAGUGCUGCGGCAGCAACAGCUCCUUAGACUGGCUCCACAGCAUGUACAUCACCUCCCUGGAGGGUGGGGGCCGGGUGGUGCCUGACAGCUGCUGCAAGACCGUCACCCCCCACUGUGGCCAGAGAGACCACCCCUCCAACAUCUACAAGGUGGAGGGCGGCUGCAUCACAAAGCUGGAGCAAUUCCUGGCCGACCACCUGCUGAUCAUCGGAGCUGUCGGGAUAGGAGUCGCCUGUCUGCAGCUGGCUGGCGCAGUCCUGACUUCCUGUUUUAUCUAUCUGCUCUAUAAAGAAGAGGAGGAAGUCUUCUCUGACGUGUGAUUGAUCUGCGGAAUGAUUUUCACCUGCUGCUUGUACAGAAGAAUCCGACUGGAUCCCUACUGAAGACCAGCUCACCCCCCC